AUGGGGUCGAUCCACGAUUCCCGCAUACACAAGUGGUUCGCAACCUCGCCUCCGGUCGCGUGGACAAUCAGACAACUACGGGAGAUUCUCAUUGGGUCUCUUAAGCAGGGUCCAAUCCCACAACAUGUGGCGUUUGUCAUGGACGGGAACAGGCGGUUUGCACGCAAUCACCACAUUGAGACUGUAGAAGGGCAUAAUCUGGGGUUUGAAUCACUGGCUCGGAUCCUCGAAGUGUGCUACAAGACUGGUGUGAAAGUGGUGACAAUCUACGCGUUCAGUAUUGAGAACUUCAAGCGUUCGAAGCAUGAGGUGGAUGCGCUCAUGUCCAUGGCCAAGGUGAAGCUACAACAGCUAGCCGAGCAUGGUGCUUUACUAGACCGCUACGGUGCAUCCAUUCGAGUCCUGGGCGAACGCGAGCUUGUUAACCCAGAUGUGCUCAUGGCUGUGGACAAGGCCGUGGCCAUGACCGCUCACAAUAAGAAAGCUGUCCUGAAUGUCUGCUUCCCUUACACGUCGCGCCAUGAAAUCACGACCGCUGUCAUGAAGACUGUCGAGACGUAUAGCACCCCUAUGCAUAACCUGUCUACUUCGCCGAAACGCGCCUUUUCUGAAUCGCAUAUUACGCAACAUAUUAGGAAGCAAAUGUUGGAGGAGGACGCAGAAAGCGUAUUGGAACAAUCGGAGUCACGUCCAGCGUCGCCUUCGAAAGAAGCUGCCUCAGCGGAAGACGGGCGGUCUUCGUCGACGGCAACAGUCAUUAAUCCACCAGACAAGGAUGAGUCGCAGACGGAACCUACAUUCCUGGAUCCUGAGUCGAUUAGUGCCCAGACACUGAACGACAACAUGAUGACAGCCGACGCUCCACCGCUUGAUUUGCUUAUCCGCACUUCUGGUGUGCAGCGACUGAGCGACUUCAUGCUGUGGCAGGCUCACGAGAAUACGUCCAUUGUAUUUCUCAAGUGUUUAUGGCCCGAGUUUGAUCUUUGGCAAUUCCUGCCCGUACUAGUGGAGUGGCAGUGGCAGCAGAAGAAGCUGCAAGAGGAGCAGCAGCGUAUUCGUGGGCGGUCAAAGUCGGAGUAA